ACUUUCGACGAGUCGCGAAAGUCGCCGAAAAGUGACAUUUGUGCCAGGCAGCAAAAAAAUGUCGCUGUGGAGAAAUUCAAAAGUUUUUGCAAAAUCUCGUGAAAUUGUGUGAAUUGCAGUGAGUGAAGUGCCUUUGAAAAGAUGCCAGAGAACACCAGCGGAGUGACUUCUGUGCGAAUUGUGUCCGUGGACUACUAUCUGGCCGCUCCAGUGGCCACUUUUGAUGUCGCGUAUUCUGAAUUUCGCGGCUCCACCGUCAAGCGGGUUCCGGUGUUGAGGGUGUUUGGCUCCACGGAGGAGGGGCAGAAAGUCUGUGCUCAUGUCCAUGGAGUCUUCCCGUAUCUCUACAUUCCGAUGGAAGAAGUGGCAGGAGACUCCGAAGCAGCUGCAGCUUACAGCCAAUUCGCCUACCAGAUCACCCAUGCACUGGACAGGGCGCUAAGCGUGGCUCAGGGAAGAGUCUCCAGCACUGGGCAGCAUGUCUUCAAGGCAGUUCCAGUACGCGGAAAGCCUUUUUAUGGCUACCACGCGCGAGAUCAUCUGUUCCUCAAGGUUUACUUCUACAGUCCUGCAAUUGUGAAGAAGGCCGCCAGUCUCCUGCAAAAUGGUGCCAUCUGUGGGCGAGUCUUCCAGGCUCAUGAAUCCCAUGUGCCUUACAUUCUGCAGUUCUUCAUCGACUACAAUCUCUACGGCAUGAGUUUCCUCCAUGCCAAAAACGAAAGUGUUCGGUUUCGGAUUGAAGGAGACCCAGAAGGAGUGCCACCAAUGGCCACGACUAGCCUUGAGAUGGACAUCUCGGCUAGUGGGAUUCUCAACCGGACAAGUGGUCGCCUGUCCGGAUCUGAGCAUCAGAAUCCGGGAAUUGCAGCAAUUUGGGAGGAUGAAUUGCGUCGAAGGAGAACGAUGAAUGAGGAAGAUCUGCCACCAAUUGAAGUUCCAGAAUCGCAAGAUCGACCCAGAGCAAUGCCAACGGACUCCGAUAGAUCAUUCAGGGAAGUCCUGAGGAGGAAGCUGGCUAAUGAGCAAUCGGACAAAAGUAUUGUGGAAAGUGAGAAUUCAGUACAAAGUGGAAGGAAGUUUGAUCUUUCGGUUCUUCUCAAUAAUUCCGUUUAUCCGGCGACUUGUCCGAAAAAUCUCAGACUUCCCGAAGCAUUAAUGGUUCCUGAUCAUGUUUUUGGGAGAGAAAGUGGCUUCACGCCAGUCGAGGAGGAUGACAGGAGCUUCCUGGAUUCAUCACUUAUCAAUGAAAGCAUUGUCCUCAGUCUCGAAAAUCGAUCACAAAAUCCAAAUGAUACCCUAACUGAGGAUGAUCUCAAACUGCUGGCUAUUAUGGAACAGCUGGAAGAAGGUGAAGAUCGUGAGAUUGAUCUCGACAGUACUCUUGCACCUCUGAGUCAGCCAAGUCAAAAAUCAGUAAAUUCCCAACUGAGAAAGCUCAGUCAGAGCCAAGAAAAUCGUAUUGAAGAAUGCGAUGAUCGCACGAGUGAUCACGAAGACCUUUUCGAUGAAUUCGAUGAAGAUCUCAUCAAUGAAUUCAAUGAGACGAUGGAUUUUGAGGAGAGAGGCAAUGAGCCUAUUCCCCAGCUCGAUGGUGAACAUGAAGUGCAAAAGCAGAGUCCAACGAGGUUCAUGAAGAAGAGGAAUAGUUUAACGAGGGAGAGUCCCAAGGGGAGUCCAAAAGAAAGUCCGAAGGAUAGUCCAAAGAAAAGCCCAAAAUCACCGAAGAAGAAUCAUUUUAAACCAUUGGACAUCAUCAUAUCGCCAUCUGGUGCGUCAAAGAGGAAACGGUCUAAUGACCAUGUGACACCGUUUAAAUUUAAAAGUAUCCUAAAGACCCCUUCAACGGGGACACCUUGCACCCCAAAUGGUCACGCAAGUGAUCCUCCUAAGAAAAAGCUUAAGUUUGACAAUGUCGUAAUUGUCAAUGGAUGCUUCAAGCAAGCGCUGGACUUUACGCCCAAGCGUCAACAUAAGGAAUUGGAGAUGUCGAAGAAUUUCAAGUCUAAGCUUGAGAUUCCACCCAAAAAACCUAAUUAUGCUAGUUUAAUGGCUAAGUUUGGGAUAAAGAAGUGUGAGGUGCGUCUAACGCGGGUAAACAUUGAUGGGUACAGUGAGAAGAUGAUGAAAAAGAAGCCUAGAGGCAGAACAAAGGUGACACCAACGAAGGCACUUACAAAGAAGGAGUUUAAAGACAUUAUCAACAAUUCACCGAUUGUAUCGGUUGCGCGGCUUGAAUCUAUUGACAUUUUGAAGUUUUCGGGGGAGGGGGAGGAGAAGACGACUGAAAAGAAGGGAAGGUCAUCCAAUGAUAAAGCGCACAAAUAUGACAUGGAACACAAUUUUUUUCCAAUUGCGGGUCCGUCGAAUGUUAACUACUACAGAGCUACGGAUAUUCCGACUCAGUACUACGGGCCGAAGGAUGGUCAGGAGGGGUGUUUUGUGAGUGAGGAAAAUGGUGAAGAUGGGAUGAGUAGUUUCUACGAUAUGACCAUUUGUCUAGAUUCGACGGAUGACGAACUAAGUGCAUUUGCGCGUGAACAGGAAGCUAUCUUAACGGAUGUAAUGGCUUCGGAUGAUAGUGAUCGAGACAAUCCAAUUAAGAUCUAUCCACUGCCAUCACCCCCAAAACCAGAAAGUGUUCGGGAAACGAUGCAUGAGUACGGAAUUGAAGAGCACACUUACACUCAACCCUUCUUUAGUGAUCCCCUCGAUGUUGCGCAAAGCGCUAGGAAGGAAGUUGGUUCGAUGGUACUUCAAGUUCGAGGUAAUGCUCUCAGUAUCUGUGAGGAGUUUAUCAGUUGUCUGGAGGACCUCGAAGGGUUGUCAAAGUGGCGUCAGAAGAAGUUCCAGAACGAAAUGGGUGAUUUCGUUGAGGGAAGUGAGAAAGUUAACAUCAAGGAGUUUAUGGCAACAGAAAAGAAUGAAAGGAUUGAACCACAAACAUCACCACCUAGCAUUUCGGCAGCAAGAACGUGGUUGAAGGUACGGGAAAAGGUUUCUGGGAAGAUAACGAUCGAAUCAGUGGACGUUGAUAGUCCUGUUAAAGUUAAGAGGGAGAAACAGAAGAUGAAUGCUGAAAGUCGAACAGAAGGAGACAUUGAGGAGUGCAAUGGACAAGCUAGAUGCUCCUUGACUUUCAAAAGUGAUCCAUUUGGGAGUGAUUCUCAAGUGAUCGACGCGUCACCGUCGUCGCUGGAGGUGUCGACGAAAGCCGAUGAGAAACCUUCACUGAAGACACGUCUGUCGUACUCAACGCGGCGUUUAGCACGGAAAUCACAGAGAUCGAAGCUAAAGAACGGUCACGGAUCACCAGAGACAUCGAGUCCGUCGGAUAAACUGAUUAGUGAAUUAUUGGAGAGGAAAUCCUACAUAAAGACUCUCAAUUUGUCCAGUGAUUCGUCAGCAGGCAAACAUGAUCCAGACGUCAGUACUAUCAAUGGGACGUUUGGGUUUGGGGAGGAUGUAGGCAAUAUGCGUUGCGCUAAGGCUUCCGUCGACUACAAUUUCCUCACAAUUUUCUCCCUGGAAUGUCAUGUUCUCACCCGUGGUGACUUCUGUCCAAAUCCUGACUUUGAUGGUAUCGUUGCCAUCUUCUACGCCAUUCAGAACAACGUCCCCGAAGACAGUACGACUCUUACGCAUGUUAGUGGUGUUAUCAUAGAUGACAUGUUCAGCAAUGAUUCAGGCUUACGACAUUCUGGCCUGGAAAUCAAUGCAAUUCAUGCGGAAAAUGAGAAGCAACUGCUAGAAAAACUCGUAGAACUAAUCAAAUACUGGGAUCCAGACAUUCUCUUGGGAUAUGAGAUUGAACUCAGCUCUUGGGGGUAUAUAAUUGAACGGGGAUACGUUUUAGGGAUCAACCUACCGAAUUCCCUAUCUCGGCUACGCGUAGCUGUUGAGGAAGUCAAGAAAAGCGAUGAGGAGAAAGAUGACGGCGUUGAGUACGAGUCAGACCUCAAGGUUCCCGGACGUAUAGUUCUGGAUGUUUGGCGUCUGAUGCGAGAAGAAAUCGCUCUGACGUCCUACACCUUCGAAAGCAUAGCCUAUCAUAUCCUACAUCGUCGCUACCCAAAACGUUCCCAUCGCGAUCUCACCAAACUCUGGCAUAGUCCUAAAUCGCGAUGGAUCGUCUUUGAGUACUUCCUCCUGCGGUCUCGGGGCACCCUGGAGAUCCUAGAUAAGCUAGAUCUCAUCGGUCGCACUAGUGAAUUGGCCAAACUCUUUGGCAUUCAGUUUUACGAAGUUCUAUCGAGAGGAUCGCAGUUCCGUGUCGAGAGUAUGAUGCUUAGAAUGGCCAAACCGCGUAACUUUGUUUCGGUGUCUCCUAGUAUACAACAGAGAGCUCAUAUGAGGGCUCCUGAGUAUUUGCCACUGAUUCUUGAACCAGAAUCACGCUUCUACGUCGAUCCGGUUAUCGUGCUGGACUUUCAGAGUCUCUACCCAAGCAUGAUGAUGGGCUACAACUACUGUUUCUCAACGUGCCUUGGAAGAGUGGAACAUCUUGGCGAAUCGGGACCCUUUGAGUUUGGAGCUUCUCAGCUCACAAUAGCACCUGAACAAGUGAAAAAGUUCCUGGAACGCGAUCUAAUCACUAUCUCGCCUUGUGGAGUGGUUUUCGUGAAAUCUGAAGUGCGUGAGGGUGUCUUGCCGCGAAUGCUGAAGGAAAUCCUCGAUACACGUUUCAUGGUGAAGAAGGCAAUGAAGAUUCAUUCAGAAUCCAGCCUUCAGAGGAUCCUACACUCACGCCAGUUGGGUUUAAAACUAAUGGCGAAUGUUACUUAUGGGUAUACAGCUGCGAAUUUUAGCGGAAGGAUGCCUUGUGUCGAAGUUGGAGACAGUGUGGUUAGUAAAGGUCGAGAAACUCUCCAGAGAGCCAUUGCUCUCGUUGAGGCCAACGAAAAGUGGAGAGUUAGAGUUGUUUACGGAGAUACAGAUUCACUGUUUGUCCUCGUACCGGGAAGGUCUCGGGAAGAAGCCUUUCGGAUCGGCAAUGAGAUUGUUGAAGCUGUUACUCAGGAUAAUCCAAAGCCUGUCAAGCUUAAGCUUGAGAAGGUAUACCAGCCUUGCAUUUUGCAAACCAAGAAAAGGUAUGUUGGGUACAUGUACGAAACUCCUGAUCAGAAAGAUCCUGUUUACGAGGCCAAAGGCAUUGAAACUGUUCGGAGAGAUGGGUGUCCGAUUGUGGGGAAAACACUGGAAAAAUGCCUCAGGAUACUUUUUGAAACGAGGGAUGUCAGCAUUAUCAAGCGCUACGUCUGUAGGCAGUUCACAAAGAUCCUCAGCGGAAAGGCAAAUGUGCAGGAUUUGGUGUUUGCCAAGGAAUUCCGAGGACUUAAUGGAUACAGGCCAGGUGCGUGUGUACCGGCUCUCGAACUUACUCGGAAAUGGAAGCAAAGCGAUCCAAGGAUGGAACCAAGAAAAGGCGAAAGAGUCCCGUAUGUUAUUGUUAAUGGACCGCCUGGACUGCCAUUGAUUAAGUUGGUUAAGAGUCCGAGGGACCUCCUGGGAGAUGAAGGCCUGAAAAUCAAUGCUUUCUACUACAUUCAGAAGGUUAUAAUCCCACCUCUGAAUCGAUGCCUCCUUUUAAUUGGAGUGGACGUCAAUGAUUGGUUCGCAAACAUGCCUAGAACAGCCACAUUUCUGCCAGCUGUCGCAACUGAGUCGACUUUAUUCAAAGGGAAAGGCGAGGCUAAGAAAAGCACAAUUUCUCAGUAUUUCGCCACAAGAAGUUGUGCUGCUGGAUGUGGAAACCAAACAAAUCAUGGAAUUUGCGAGAGCUGUCGAAAUCAACCUCAGAAAACUCUUCUUACAAUCUUCAAUAGAACUUCCACCCUUGAGAGGAAAUAUUGUGGAGUGAUGAAGAUCUGUCAGAUGUGCUGCGGCAGUGAUUGGGAGACGAACUGCUCUUCCUUGGACUGCCCUGUUCUCUUUAUUCGUACCCAAGCCUGGCGAGAGAAGAAGCAUGUGGACUUUGCAAUGAACGUCCUGGAGAAUCGCAUGUAAAUAGAUCGUACUUUUUUUUUUAGCUAUUUUGAACAAAUAAACUGUGAUUCAGUAUAAAAUUUGA